AUUUAUUAGUCUCAGCUCAUUAGAACAUUUGCAAACAUCCACAGUGACAAAAAGAAGAAAUACCCCACACUGACAAUAGAUGUCAGCAGCACUUCCAGCUACCAGGGGCUGGACUGUGCCAGUGACCCGGACAGUGCCCAUUUUGCCCUUUUUACAUCAAAAAGUUGUGCUGUGAAGAUGUUUUGGGUACGUAGGAAGGCAGCAAUCAUAGAGGUGGUAAGUGGGGGAUAUGUAAUACUGGGGAUGAUUUGAUGGUCCUGGGCCCUUGGGCAAGGAUUAUUGUGGCCAAGCUCUCUGCAGACCCCCCUUUCCUGGUGUUUUUCUGUUUUGUUUUGUUUUGUUUUUUAAAGUGGUUACUAGGCUGUGCUGUGGCAUGCAGGAUGUCCACGCACCACCUCUGACUUUCUGCCUCCUUGAGACAAAGCCUCCCUGCUGCAUGCACUGCAGCUGGAGUCUGGGCACCAAAGGAACUGCACUACGCCAAUUGUUACUCAGUUCUGUCAGUCCGAAGCUGGUGGGACCGCACGUUGCUGAUGCACACUGGGCCACUGCUGAGGCUGCUUCCACCAGGAGAAAGAAGGAUGAGACGCAGCCUCUUCCCCAGUGCCACUCUGGUGUGUGAGGAGCUGGUGGUUUUCGGGACAGCCUGCACAGCACCCUUCCAGUCCUUGUUUUUGCCCGGUUACCCCAUGCUGUCGUCGGGCUGGCGUCCCGUGAGGCCCUUCGAGUGGUGCCUCCUGGCGCUGCACUGAGCGGCACCCAACAGGAGCACGAUUGUCUGCUCUGCGCCUGCACAAAGCCACAUUGUCGCACCCGAAGCGUGGAACGGGACUGGUGUGGCUGCCGUGCCCCAAGCAGUAGCCACAUUGUGACGUGUGCCCCAGAAUGGGGCCUUACAGCAGCUCUAUGGUGCCCAGAGCGGCUGCAGAAUGCUGCGGAGGGAUGCGACACGGGCAGUUUCACUGCAGAUAUGACUGGCUAGCUGCUGUGCUGUUCCUAUGCCCCAGAACUCACUACCCUGUGAUUUCAGAUAACAAACACGAGAAGUGCAUCGCAAAACGUGUGGUGAGAAACCGAAAGCAACUUGCCUUUAUUGAGUCCUCAAGAACACAGUCGACUCAUUGGUACUGUAUAACGAUGCAUUAGGAAACUGGAUACGGUGCCAAAAGAACUCCAUGUGUUUCCAUGACACUCUUGGAUCCUGACUGAGAUACUUUUGGAUUAUAUAUAUUUCUGUUCUAAGGAGAAGAGUGCACGCUCAGAUCCCUUCCUGCCAGCUUGCUGGCAGAGGUGUUGUACUAAGAUCAUGGACCAUCCCAAUAGGGAAAAGGAUGAAAGGCAGCGGACGACAAAAGGGAUGCCAGGGAGGAGCAGUCACGGCUCUCGGCCGAGUUCAUCUGCAUCUUCUGGUGUUCUUAUGGUGGGACCCAACUUCAGAGUGGGCAAGAAGAUUGGGUGUGGGAACUUUGGCGAGCUCAGACUAGGCAAAAAUCUCUACACCAAUGAAUAUGUAGCGAUCAAACUGGAACCAAUAAAAUCACGUGCACCACAACUCCAUUUAGAAUACAGAUUUUACAAACAACUUGGAAGUGCAGCUGAAGGGCUUCCCCAAGUUUAUUACUUUGGACCGUGCGGAAAGUACAACGCCAUGGUACUCGAGCUGCUUGGUCCUAGCUUGGAAGAUUUAUUUGACCUCUGCGACAGGACGUUCACUCUGAAAACGGUAUUAAUGAUAGCCAUCCAGCUGAUCUCUCGAAUGGAAUACGUGCAUUCGAAGAACCUCAUCUACCGAGAUGUCAAGCCAGAAAACUUCCUUAUUGGCCGACAAGGCAAUAAGAAAGACCACGUCAUUCACAUCAUAGACUUUGGAUUGGCGAAGGAGUACAUUGACCCGGAAACCAAAAAACACAUACCUUACAGGGAACACAAGAGCUUAACUGGAACGGCGAGAUACAUGUCCAUCAACACUCAUCUUGGCAAAGAGCAAAGUCGUCGAGACGACUUGGAAGCCCUUGGCCACAUGUUUAUGUAUUUCCUCCGAGGCAGUCUGCCCUGGCAAGGUCUGAAGGCUGACACCUUAAAAGAGAGGUAUCAGAAGAUCGGGGACACGAAGAGAAACACUCCGGUUGAAGUUCUCUGUGAGAACUUUCCAGAGGAGAUGGCCACGUACCUCCGUUACGUUCGGCGAUUAGAUUUCUUUGAGAGACCAGACUACGACUACUUACGAACCAUCUUCACAGAGCUGUUUGAGAAGAAAGGCUACACCUUUGACUACGCCUAUGACUGGGUCGGCAGGCCAAUCCCUACUCCGGUGGGAUCUGUGCACGUAGAUUCGGGGACGUCUGCAAUAACGAGAGACAGCCACGUCCAUAGGGACCGGCCAUCACAGCAGGCCCUGCGCAAUCAGCAGGCGUCAUCCGAUCGCCGAGGAGAGUGGGAGAUCCAGCCCAGCCGGCAGACCAAUACCUCGUACCUGACAUCUCAUCUGGCUGCAGAUCGGCACGGAGGAUCAGUGCAGGUGGUUAGCUCAACCAACGGGGAGCUGAAUGUGGAUGACCCGACGGGGGCACACUCCAACGCACCUAUAACAGCGCAGGCAGAGGUGGAAGUGGUGGAGGAAGCUAAGUGCUGCUGCUUCUUUAAGAGGAAACGGAAGAAGACGGCUCAGCGUCACAAGUGACCGGUGCCUCCUGGGCCUUGCAGGAACACCACCUGCACCUGCGGCUCCUGCCCUGGCUAACUGGAAGGGGCUUCUCUUUAGGGGGAGAAGGAGGCAUAGGAGGAAGACGGAAGAAAAAAAAAAAAAAAGUGACAUUUUAAACCAAAAAGAGAAGAAAACGUUCCAAAACAAACCACUCUGGGGUGGAUCUGCUGAAUGGUCUCCCUUGUUCACUCCAAGCCUGAUGCUCCUUUUGGGACCAGGACUGUGGCUGGCUCAGGUCUUGGUCGCCCCGGGAGGGGGGCUGGCUGGCUGACCCUCCUUCCCGUUGUUUACGGCGAAGGCACCGUUCAUGCAAACCUGAGGACUGUGCUUAGUUCCUGCUCACUUUACCCCCCCCCCUCCCCUGCACUCUCUGCUCCUCUGCCCUCCUCCCUCCUUAAUUAAGAAAAGAAACACCGUGGGCUCAACUGGCUCUCAAGAGAGCAGGAGGAUGCGGUCGGGGUGAGAGAGUUGCGUGGGAGAAGGGCCUGACUGCUGCAGCAGUACGACACAGGUUCCCUUUUAGGCUCCUUGGGAACAGUUACACUGUAAUGUGCAAGCUGUGAGAAAUUUGCAAUCUACUGUUCCAGUUAGGUUUCCUGGCUCCCCUUGACACCUCCCUCCUCUGACGGUAACAGAGCAAUGUGGAUUGUUUUAAAGAAACUGACGUCGUUGCACUUUUUAUUAUUUUUAGCAUUACAGAUGCACAUUGUAUCUGUGGAUUUCUGCGUGGACCAGUGGUGCCAGCGCAGACAGACAUUCAGCUGGGAAUGCGGUGGGGUGCAGAGAGUGCCCUCAAGUGGGGAUGUUGACGACAUCCGCACAACCCUUGUGCCAGUUUGGGGUUCCCGGAGCCCGCCUUGGGCCGUGUGCUGAGAAAAGCAUACUUGAAUUUUCAAUCACCCUUUCUAUCUGCCAGUGAAUGUCCCCACCAUGGUUUCCUACACCGUGCCUGACCCAAGCGGCCCGUGGACAGGCAGCGGCCGGCUGUUGGCAGCAGGGAGAGGCAGAUCAGGGUUAACAUAACUGGGAACUGGUGCUUCCCAGUCCGCAGGCAUCUCUCAGUGCGGGGCCGGGCAAGCACACAGCCUUCCCCAGCCCUCCGGUAGGGUGGUUGUGAACCUUCCACAGGGAAGUGUGAGGAGCAAAGCUUCUCCGGCAGGGUGGCAAUCCUUCACUGCCUUAAUACUGAUUUCAUCUCCAGACGGUCGGAUGGGUUUGACUGGAAUAGCCUUGAUGUCCUCCCUGCGAGCUCCCGCCCCGCAGGGUUUGCAUGUGGGCCAAAUGCGGAGCUAGCGGAGCGCCCGGCAUGACAGCUUGUGUCCUGCUGCCGUGCCUCCGAACUCGCAGGAGGCUGAGGCUGCUCCUGGACGUGGCGGGGCUCUGGGCGAGCUCGGGCAGUUUUGGGGGAGUUUGUGAAUAAAUAGAUGCUCGUGCUUUGUGUUU